AAAUUCACGGAGAGCAUGUACGUCCUGGCCAACGAGCCCUCCGUGGCACUGUACCGGCUGCAGGAGCACGUGCGCAGAUCCCUUCCGGAGCUCGCACAGCACAAGUCCGACAUGCAGAGCUGGGAGGAACAAAGCCAAGGAGCCAUCUACACAGUGGAGUACGCUUGCAGUGCCAUAAAGAACAUGACUGACAGCAGCGUGUACUUCAAGAGCAUUGAUAAUCUGCUCAAACAUGCCAUAGCCAUGAAGGAUCAGCUGAACGCGGCUCAGGCCCGCAGCGCUGCUGCCCCACAAGCUAAGAAUUCUCCAGCCAGUUCCUAG